AGAAAAUGCCCUUUAUCACUCUCGAAGAACACUACAUCUCCCCCCACGUCAGCGCCGCCAGCCAACCCGCCCGGGAGCACUACGCCCUCUUCCCACCCCCAACAAUAACAAAACUAGAAUGCCUCGACACCCCCCGCAUCCACGACAUGGACGCCGGCCAGGUCUCGCUCCAAGUUAUCUCCCACGGACCAGGGGACGUCCCCCCCCAAGUCUGCAGACAGGCGAACGACGAUCUGGCGUCCGCCGUAGCACGACACCCGAGACGACUCGCCGCGUUUGCCAUGCUGCCCAUGACCGAACCUGACGCCGCUGCAGAAGAACUAACCCGGUGCGUGACAGAACAUGGCUUUCUAGGCGCCCUGGUCGAGAACCAUCUCCACGACGGGACCUUCUACGACGACCAGAGAUUCUGGCCCGUGUUUGCGAUUGCCGAACAACUCGACGUCCCGAUAUAUAUCCAUCCCGCAUUUGCUUCGGAGGCGAUGCUUCAAACCCACCAUCGGGGUAACUAUGACGAUUCCGUGGCUCUGGCGUUAAGUGCGUUCGGAUGGUCGUGGCACACGGAGACGGGGCUACAUGUUCUGCGUCUCUAUGCGAGUGGGUUAUUCGAUAGGUUUCCCCGUCUGAAGAUUCUCCUAGGACAUAUGGGUGAGAUGCUUCCCUUCCAGCUUGACAGGGUGUGUGCCGUGUCAGAACGGUGGCCCGGUCUGCGUAGGAAACUGCGCGACGUCUGGCGUCACAAUAUCUACGUGACUACCAGUGGGAUGUUCUCGUUGCCUCCGCUGGCGUGUCUGCUGCAGACUACCUCGAUAGACCAUGUGCUGUAUAGCGUUGACUAUCCCUUUUCGUCCAACGAAAGGGGGUUGCAGUUCUUCGAGGAGGUGAAGAAGAGCGGCUUGAUUGCCGGCGAGGACUUGGAUCGCUUUGCUUAUAAGAAUGCAGAAACCCUUUUGGGUGUCAAGCUAGACCUUUGAUAAAUGAAAUACAUUUAAAGCUCUUCCAAAAGAUAAACCAAUUUCUUCCCACUCACUUCUCCUCGACGCAAAACAUCCAGUCCACCUAGAAUCCCCUCAAGACCAGACCCCCCAACCCCAGUCGCGACAGGGUGAUUCUUCAGUCGGCCCUCGCCAAGCAGUUUCUCCACCAGCACGCCGAACCGCAGAGCGAACUGGUAAUCCUCUUCGCUGGCAGGGAGGAGCUGGUCUUCGAAUAAAACGUCCUCCCCGACAAGCGUGUAGCCGAGGAAGUACUUCUUCUCGACCGGUCGAGGGAGCGAGGCGGGUAGAGUCGGGUCCAGCGUGCUCACGUAGAUCGCCUUUU